UCAAACUUUUUUGUUUGAUGUCGCACGUGCACUCGGUUUGUUUUUGUUUACGCGGUGGAACUGAAUCGGAACAAUCAUGAACGAAUAUCUGUGGGAAUUUGCGCAGGCCUUUCCGAGUGAGAACCGGUUCCAGCUGCUCCUAAAGUCGGCACUUUCAAUGACCGCGUCGGUAAGGGCUGAAGUUGGGAAGACGAACGAAAAGUGGAUGUGUCGGAAGUGCAAGACGUUGUGGAUGCACGGUUGCUUCAAGGUUGACGAGGUGGCCGGUACGGCCAGAUACGAUGCCCUGCUUGAGAAGCAUAGUGACGUGGAGCAGCGAAGCCGGGAGCAACGAAAGCAUUACGAGUACAUGCAAAGCCGGAAGGCGACGACGGCGAAAUUUACGUGCACGAUCUGCUCGUACAAAACGCGCAUCCCGGUAAAAGGAGGUGACGCUAUUCCUAAACCAACGGUCGAACCAAUCAAAGCCACACCACCUCCGGUCACCCCUACCAGCGCCUCCAAGAAGAGCCGGAAGCGCAAAAAGGACCCCACAGCUGGGCUGACCAUCGCCGCACCCAAAAAGAAGGGAAACAUGUCGCAGGCGAUCGGCACCGGCAAACCCGCAACGUUCAGCUCGAAACAACCCAGCCAACUCCAGGCACUGGCUGCGGCACUCAAGAAGAAGAAAGCUGGCGAACCCGUGGAUCGGUUGAAACUCAUGUUAAAGUGAUACUAAUUGUUGUUUUUUUUGGAAAGUAGUUUAUUUACUUUACUUUUAAAAACUAAAGUGGAUAGAGUCGCUACAGUAAGUUUAUCACUGAUGGUUUUCUAAAGAGAUUCAAUAGCGGAGUAAAGAUGUAAUAAAGUGUAACGCUGUGUUGUAUGAUGAGUGUUAUAUAGAAUAAAUGAUGUAACGAAUAAGGUAACAAGCAAACAGA